AUGUAUAAUAAGGACGUUUGUUCUCCCUCAUCUCAAAGAGGAUUCGGCAUCGGCCUCAACUCCGCCGGCAACAUGCAGUUGAACGCCGGCGCGUUCGCUUCGUUGUACUCCUCUCUGACUAAUAGUAACUCGUCACUAUCCGGAAACAGCAACAACAGCGGCGGCGUUUCACUUUAUCCGUACUCUGACUCUGAAACUGAGUACGACUCGUUCGUUAUCCAGAAGCAUCAGGAUAUGGUGAAUCGUCACAGUAUGUGUCUCAGUCGCCUCAUGGAAGCUUCCAAUGAGGUUGAAGCUCUGCAGCAAGAGAACGAAGAGCUCCGUGCUUUGAGCAAAGAUUUGCAGAAGAAUCUGAACCUCCUAGUUCAGGCUUCACUGGAGAACAGACUUGGCCGUGGCGGCGGCUCCUCCGUUCAGACUCAAUCGAUUCCGUUAGAUGUAUUGCACUGUGCCCGUGGCUUGAAUCUUGGAGAUGGAAAAGAAAACUGUGCUGGUUACAAUAACAAUAACAUCAAUAAUAAUAAGGAGCUGCUAGAAGAUUCGGAUGAGAGUUCAACGAGUGUAAUAGAUGAUAACGAUGUUGAUGAUGAAGCGGAACGGUUCUCUCUGCCGAAGAGCAUUUCUGUGAGAUCCAAAGGCUACGUGAAGGUGGCUCAGCCUCCAGCGGUCGUAACUAACAAUAAUGCUUGUCGCAGCACCAAAGGCGCUCCCCGCUCUCGUGCGUCUUCCACUCAACCAGAUCAAGCUCAAAAGGUAUAUGUCCGAGGAGGGCAGAAAGAGGAAGAACCUCUUGAGAUGACUGUGUAUAAUCAGGGGAUGUUAAAGACUGAGCUGUGUAAUAAAUGGCAGGAAACUGGUGCAUGCCCUUAUACUGACCACUGCCAAUUCGCUCAUGGUAUUGAGGAGCUUCGCCCGGUGAUUCGCCACCCACGCUACAAAACUGAGGUCUGUAGGAUGGUUUUUGCUGGGGUUGUCUGCCCGUAUGGCCAUAGAUGCCAUUUCCGUCAUGCACUUACUGAGCAAGAGAAAGCUGUAUCACAAUCUAUGCCAAGAUCAAUGAAGAUGGAAAUAUAA